AUGCUGUUUCCAGAUUACUACUUCUUCGCUGAAAGACGUUUGGAAGACUAUACUAUCACAACAAGAAAAGUAAAGAACUUAGAUGACUGUGAACUAAUGUGCUACCUGAACGACAAUUGUGUCAGUCUUAACUUCAAAAAAGAUCCUGACAACAAUGAAGCAGUUCACAUCUGUGAACUAAAUAACGCCACACAUCUAAAAAAUGACAGUGACUUGACAUCUGAUGCCAAUUUUUAUUACCGUGGCUCGAAGGUGAGUUAAAAAUUGAUGUUUCGAAAUUGUCGACUUGGAAUAAUAUAAAAACAAUAGUAAAUGUUUACGCAAAUGUUCGUGUAUUCGAUCAUUCAGUAUUUAGUUUCUUCUUUCAUUCAAUCCCUCUAUCUUUCUUUCGUUAUUUCAUUUUAUUUUAUGUUUUCUCCUUCAGAACGCUUGUGAUAAGAAUUCCCACUGCGAAAACAACGCAACUUGCCAGUCUGGAUUCACAGCCAAGGGAUAUCAAUGCUUAUGUCCUUCUGGUUUCGAGGGAGAACGUUGUGAAACGGGUAUGAGUCUAAGUCAACUCUUGAAAUGACGUAUAUGUGAGAUUAUCUCUGAUUUUCAAUGCUGGUAUGACAACUGUCCUUUAGUUGGUGAAAGUGGCGUAAAUUUUUCUCAUUGUAUAUUGUGCUGUAUCUCUACAAAGAAAAUUUCUUACUGUAGUUUAUUGAGCGUGUGUAUUGUUUUCUUCACUCGCUCAUUUGUAUAUUUUCGUUUUGUUUUGUUUUUGUUUGUCUGCUUAUUUGCUGUUUUGUCGUAUGCUUAAUAUUGUAACUUCAGGGAAAGCUCAGAAAUAAUAGCUUAUAAUUGAGAGGUCCCAUCAGAGAACAACUAAAGAACCAAGAAGCUUCAAAUAAAUUUUGGUUUUUGCGAAUUGCUUAGUUCAUAUGACUCUUUGACGGAAAUCCAAAUGCUUAUAACUUUAGCUGGUAUUUUGUUCCUUUUUUUUCUGUCUCUUUCUAAUUUUACGACAGAUAUUGAUGAAUGCGUAGCAACCUCUGGCAAAUGCCACAAUGAGGCUGCGUGUAAUAACACACACGGAUCAUACGUGUGCACAUGCAAACCUGGAUAUAUCGGCGAUGGGCUGAAUUGUACAGGUACCGUCAAUAGU